UUUCCAUCCAAGGCUCUCGCUCUAGAUUAAGACAUUGUCUGCUUUAGAAAACACAACCUACUUCGUUUUUCAACAAUGAACAAUAUUGUUUCAAGAGAAUAUGUUCUAGUCGGCGAUUUGAAAUAGUCUAUUCGUUUAGUCCAGGGCUCACCGAGUCUACCAUCAUGUCCCCGAUUUGUUUUCCAUCCGAGUGAACGAAACAAUGCUUCCUCGGCCAAACUUGAGCUUUACGCUCCCUAGUAUACACGAUAACACCAAGCUCGACUGUCGCAUAUAUCAUCCGAAAUCCUUGGAUGGACCGCUUGGUCCUUCUGAUGAAUCAUGGCGUCGGCAUGCUGCUGUUGUCGCGCAUCCUUAUGCCCCUCUAGGAGGGAGUUAUGAUGAUCCUAUUGUACAGCUUGUAGCUAGCACGCUUGUUCAUCUUGGCUUUGUGGUUGCGACGUUUAACUUUAGAGGCGCCUCAUCAUCCGGUAGUCAUACUUCAUGGACCUCGAGGCCCGAACGCGCCGAUUACAUGUCCGUCGCCGGUUUCCUCAUCCACUACGUACAUUACUUACGCCCACACCAUAACCCCCGCAGCGCCGAAGAGCCUCUUCCGACAUUACUAUUCGCUGGAUAUUCGUACGGUGCUAUGGUGACGAUGCAACUCCCCUCUCUCGACUCGUACAUGCCACAUUUUGCCUCCCCCGCCGCACAUACUGCCUCAGCAGAUAUCCGCUUAAGGGCACAACAUCUUGCCGAACAACAAGUCCUCAUUUCUGCUACCCCCGCCUCGCCCAGGAGGUCGUUAGGUGUGCGUGUUGGUGGUGAUGAAGAUACAUCGCUACAAAAGGAUCACAGAAAACAAAGAUCACGUUCACCCGAUAGAGAAGAAAGAAUAAGGAAAGGUGUUAGGGAUAUAUUGUCUCGAAGCAAAUUGAUCCGCAGAAGACAUCACAAGGAACCCCCAAACGAAUACGAGGUUGUGGAACACGAAUGUCUGGAUCAUAUCGAUAACCUAGCAAAAUUCCGCAGCGCCUACCUAUUGGUGUCACCUCCGCUGGGCCUUGCUACCAACUUAGCAACUAUGUCCUUUUCGAAUCCCCUGUCAGGUUGGUCAAAAAGAGGGAGGGGCGGGUCUUCGUCGAGUAAAGACGCUGGUGAUACUACGAAACGCGAAGAAGCCGAGGCUGAGAUGAAACUUACAGCAAAUCCUACCCUUACUGUGUACGGCGAUCGAGAUGGGUUCUUGACUUUAAAGAAGAUGCGUGAUUGGACUACAGAGUUAGGGAGUACCGAGGGAUCACUGUUCCACCACGUAGAAGUUCCGGGUGCCGGACAUUUUUGGGUAGAGGAAGAUGUUAUAUACGAACUUAGAGAAGCAGUUCUGUCUUUUGCAAAGAGACUCAUACAGACUUGACACUUGAUGCUUAGCUAGAUACAUAACAUGCGGAAAGGGAUGAUUAUGUGAUUCAAUAAGAUACCCUUAUGAUGAUAGGAUGAAGGAAAUAUAGACGCAUCUAGACAUGUGAAAUCGACAACCCCAUGACUUAUUUAUUGUGUACAAGUACCUACAUUAGCGUAUUAUCACGAGUUAUUUUGAAUUUGAAGAUGGC